AGUGGCAGCCAUCACUGUAGCAGUGGGAGCCGACUGCCGAGCAACCUUAUAAAGGACAAACCCCUGACUGAAACCUCUUCGUUCCUUCUUCCGCGAACGAAAAUUCGCAGGUGUUUCCUCGAAACUUCAUUUAUUCUCACUAAUUAUAAGUUUUUCUUUUUCUCGGGUACCAAACGGGGUGGUGUAUGUUGGUUUCUUGGUGAAGAUGCAAACAAGGUUUACGGAGAGAUCGAGUAGUAUGGUGAGAGAGAAGAGAGGUCUGGAUUCAAGUUCUGGUGAUGAAGGCCAGCCUGAUAGAAAACGACCAGCUUUAGCUAGUGUAAUUGUUGAAGCUCUCAAGGUGGAUAGUCUGCAGAAACUUUGCUCAUCUUUGGAGCCUAUUCUUCGGAGAGUUGUUAGUGAAGAAGUGGAGCGUGCUUUAGCAAAAUUAGGCCCUACCAAACUUUCUGGGAGGUCUUCUCCAAAAUGUAUAGGAGGACCAGACGGGAAAAACCUGCAGCUGCACUUCAGGUCCAGGUUGUCCCUCCCUCUCUUUACUGGUGGGAAAGUAGAAGGCGAACAGGGUGCUGCAAUCCAUGUUGUGUUGAUUGAUGCAAAUACAGGCCGUGUUGUCACUUCAGGUCCUGAAUCUGCAGUGAAACUGGACAUCAUUGUUCUUGAAGGUGAUUUUAAUAACGAAGAUGAUGAUAACUGGACUCAAGAAGAAUUUGAGUCUCAUGUAGUUAAAGAGCGUGAGGGCAAGAGGCCUCUUCUAACUGGAGAUCUGCAAGUGAUAUUGAAAGACGGUGUAGGAACUCUAGGUGACCUGACAUUUACUGACAACUCAAGCUGGAUAAGGAGCAGGAAAUUUAGGCUGGGUUUGAAGGUUGCCUCGGGAUACUGUGAAGGGAUUCGUAUUCGUGAGGCAAAAACUGAUGCCUUCACCGUCAAAGAUCACCGAGGAGAAUUAUACAAGAAACACUAUCCACCUGCACUGAAUGAUGAAGUCUGGCGAUUGGAGAAGAUUGGAAAGGAUGGAUCUUUUCACAAGAGGCUGAAUAAAGCUGGGAUAUUUACCGUUGAAGACUUCUUAAGACUUGUGGUUAGAGACUCACAAAGAUUGCGGAAUAUUCUUGGAAGUGGCAUGUCAAAUAAGAUGUGGGAUGUCCUGGUAGAGCAUUCGAAGACUUGUGUUCUGAGCGGCAAACUUUAUGUGUACUACCCUGAUGAUGCAAAGAAUGUUGGUGUUGUUUUCAACAAUAUUUAUGAGUUGACUGGCUUAAUUGCAAAUGGAGAGUUCUACUCAGCAGAAUCUCUUUCUGACGACCAGAAGGUUUAUGUGGAUGGAUUGGUGAAGCAGGCAUAUGAAAAUUGGAUACAUGUUAUAGAGUAUGAUGGCCAAACACUUUUAGACUUUAAGCAGAAUCAGAACAUAGCUUCUUCCCAGUCUGACCUCCCUAUUGGUCAACAAGAUCUUUUGAGCUCUUAUGACCAUCACGUUACUUUGCCUACUCUAUCAGUUCCUGUGCCUCAAGAUCAGCCUGCUAUGCACUCAGGUCCAACUGUUGAAGGUUACAAUGACAGUAUGUCUGCCAGAUUCUCAAUGCAACCACAGAACGGAAAUCCGAACACGCCUUUUCAAUUUGAUGCCACUUCAUUACCUCUACAGAACUCUCUGGUCGGCACUUCACAGCAUGCUCAGUUUCAAAGAAGUGACAAUUUACUGGCACUUGCUCCACCACAGUCAUCAACAUCAAGCUUCCAAGGAGUUUGUACGCCAAACCUUACUUCUUACAGGGGAGCUGAGGAUUUCUUCCAAGAGGAGGAGAUUCGAAUGAGAAGUCAUGAGAUGCUUGAAAAUGAAGAUAUGCAGCAUCUUCUCCGUAUCUUUAACAUGGGAGGGCAAGGCCUUCCGUCCUUCAAUGCAAAUGAAGAUGGGUACCCUUACUCUUCUGCAUACAUGUCUGCCCCAUCUCCAAACUACAGCUUCAGUGACGAUCAGUCUCGUUCAUCAGGAAAAGCUGUCAUUGGAUGGCUGAAGCUCAAAGCAGCCCUUAGAUGGGGCAUCUUCAUCAGGAAGAAGGCUGCUGAGAGGAGGGCACAGCUCGUCGAGUUAGAUGAUCUCUAAAAAUGUCCUGUGCUGCAAUAAUUGACAGGUUUUGGUAGCUUCCUCCUUUUCAAGCCACUUCCCGUCUAACUUGAUUAGAGACUAUGGUUUUGGGCUUGACUGGCUGGCUAUGAUUUCAUGGAGGUCCUGCUGUUCUUGGAUCAUAAUCCUCGAAUUCAGUAUGUUUGAUCCCUGUACAGUAAGCUUAUAUAGUUUUUUAACAGCUUCCUAGAGUUGUUGUUUGGAAGAUCAACUGGGUUUCAGAUGGUGGGUAUUUGGUAGAAGCUUCUAAUAUUCAGUGGGGCGUUUCCUAUAGCUGAAGUAUUUAGCAGUAGGUCAGCCUACAUUAGGAAGUUGAUGUGAUAGAAUCUUAAGGCUAAGUUUACCCAGAUACCAAUUGGCUAGUGCCUUUUAAUCUUUCAUUUCUAUUUUUCCUUUGAUUAUGGAGUUCCAAUAAAAAUGAACACCUUGUAUUGAUUGCCCCAUGUAAAAUUAAUAUAAUUUCUGGAUUUGGGAAUGAAUUGCCCAAUUGAGUUUCA